AUGACUUUUCGCCGACAGGGUAGUGCCGAUUCGAAUUUUAGCCGUCGAGAAAGUGAUUUUGAUUUGGAUGAAAGGAAUCGAGAAACUUUACGUCGUGAUGCGGAACGUUCCGCAGCGUUACAACUUGAACGGGCCAAAUAUAAACCGGUAGCUUUUGCUGUUUGUACAAAUGUGGAAUUUGAUGGAACAUUGGAUGAUGAUUCACCUGUGCAUGGUUGUGCUGUAUCAUUUAAAGUUAAGGAUUUCUUACAUAUUAAAGAGAAAUAUAAUAAUGACUGGUGGAUAGGUCGUUUGGUAAAGGAAGGACAUGAUCUUGGUUUUAUUCCAUCACCAGUUAAACUUGAAAAUAAUCGACAACAAAAUGCAAAAGGAUUAAAAUUUAAAUCAUCAAGCAUACCAAAUUUGGCUAGUUUAGAUGAUAUGAUGCCACGAAGUGGUUCACCCGGUUCAACUCCACCUACACCAGGAGCUGAAUUAGACGAAGAAGACAAUGCACAUAGUAAAAAAAUCACUGAUUUAGUUUCUACACCUCCACCUACAAAAGAAAAAAGAAAAUUGAUGUUUAAAAAGCAAGAAAGUUUACCUCCAUAUGAUGUUGUGCCAUCAAUGCGACCAGUUGUCAUCGUUGGACCAUCAUUAAAAGGUUAUGAGGUCACGGAUAUGAUGCAAAAAGCUGUUUUUGAUUAUCUCAAACAUCGAUUUGAAGGAAGGAUAAUAAUAACGCGUGUCACUGCUGAUAUUUCAUUAGCAAAACGAACAUUAAUGAAUAAUCCAUCGAAACGAGCAACAAUGGAAAGAGCAAAUUCAAGAUCAAGCAAUAAUCUAGCUGAAAUUCAGGCGGAAAUAGAACGGAUAUUUGAAUUAGCUCGAUCCAUGCAACUUGUCGUGUUAGAUUGUGACACAAUCAAUCAUCCCUCACAGUUGGCUAAAACAUCGCUUGCACCAAUUCAUGUUUAUAUCAAAAUUAGCUCACCUAAAGUUCUUCAAAGGCUUAUUAAAUCAAGAAAUAAAUCACAAACGAGAAAUAUGAAUGUACAAAUGGUUGCAGCUGAGAAAUUAGCACAAUGUCCAGUAGAAAUGUUUGAUGUUUUAUUGGAUGAGAAUCAACUGGAAGAUGCAUGUGAGCAUUUAGCUGAUUAUAUGGAAUCAUACUGGAGAGCGACACAUCCGCCAGUGAAAUCACCGCCUCGAAUAAAACGAAAUCCAAUGGAAAAUCGCGGUCCAUCAACAUUAUUUACACCAUCACAAAUGAUGCAAGGAAUGGGACAUCCAUUAGCAAUAUCACCAAUGGUUAACUCACCGGAUAUGAAUAUUCCAUCAGCGAUCCGGCAAAGGAGCCCACAACAGCAGCAGCGUGUUCCAACAUUUAAUCUUCCACCAGUACAAUAUGAUGAGCAAUUAAUUCAGAAUUCUGGAUAUUAUCAGGAACCAUUACAAUCAACCAUACCAAUGCAAAAUAUACCGCAACAAAGACAAACGUUACAGCAACACGAUGAUAUCCAUGGUUUCGAUGAUUACGAUGAGGAAGAUUUCCGACGUGAUAUACGUGAUAAUAGUUAUGAAUCUCGUGGUAAUUAUCAUUACUGA